CUCUGGUGCAAAACGUUCUGAGGCAAUCGUUUCGCCCCGCAAAAUAUGCAACGAUCUUGCAUGUGAGAACUUGGUAAGCAUGGAUCUUGAUCCGGUACUAGCACUGCGCCAUGGCGACAACACAUAAGCGAACGAGAACCGGAUGCUGGACUUGCAGAGAAGCUGGGUACAAGUGUGAUGAACAGAAACCCUUCUGCCAACGAUGCACUCGACUCGAAAUCGCUUGCAAAGGCUAUGGAGUCAGACUCAAGUGGCAAGACCAACCUAUCGGAACCUUGGUUAAGAAGCCUCGUGCCCCAAGGAGAAAGAGGGCACUCGAGGCCAACGGCAUUUCGACUCCAGCGAGCACCAUCAGCAAUGCGUCGAUAUCCUCCCCGGACACAAGCUCGUCGGACAUUUUCCAUUCACCCAUGUCAGCAGUUAGCGUACCACGCACAUCAAUACACGGUGUAGGUCUUGGGCCGGAACUGUCUGUCAGCGACAGAAGACUUCUUCACUACUGGGUUGACCAACUCUCUUCGUUGAUCUCUGUUGCUCCGCGCAAUGGCAAGCCGACACCGUUCCAGCUUCAUCUUACGUCAAUGGCAUGCGACUCAGCCGCACUUCGAUCAACUGUACUGUCUAUGGCAGCAAACCAUCUAUCUCUGCAAUCAUCGGACCCAUCGCUACGCGUCCAGGCUUAUCGGCAUCAACGCGAUGCUAUUCAUCUGCUACAAGCUGUUAUCCAAGAUCCUCGACAGGCAUAUUCCGAGUCUGCACUGGCAACCGUUUUGAUGAUGCAAGUCUCAACACGUCUUUUUGGCGAAGACAACGAAGCCAGUAUUGUCAAUCACUUAAUGGGGGCGAGGGCCAUGAUAUCCAGACGCGGACUAGACGACUGGCUCAGUUCCUCGAGCGCACGCUUCCUCCUAAGUCUUUUCGCAUAUCACGACAUUCUCUCGUCUGUCUCACGAGCACACCAACCUUUGUUCGACCACGAUGCAGACUUCGAAGCUGUAGAGGGUGCGGAUGACAUGCGUGGCAUAGCUGAAGUUCUCCUGGUCGUGGCACGCACAUCUCAAUUACAACAUGCCAUCAAAGUCCGACAAGACGCUGGAGGAGAAAAUGCGCUUACAGAGACGGAAGAUUCCACGGGCCGGGAUCUCCAACAGAAGCUGCUCGCAAUGCAAUUUGAUGCGCAGCGAAUCGAAUCUCACGGCAGCUCUGAUAUCAGUUUCACGGCUGAAGCCUACCGCCAUGCCGCAUUCAUCUACCUGUACCGAACUUGGCUUGGCGUGGGCGCUCCCAACCCUAUCAGUGUCGAGCACAUUCAAAACUGUCUGGCAUACUUAUCGCGGGUUGAUGUAGCAUCACCUCUCAUAUCAUCGCAUGUCUGGCCUCUGUUCAGCGCUGGUUGCGAGGCCAUCGAUCCCGCCCAACGUCAGUUCGUGAGAGACAGGUUUCAGAGCAUGUACGCGUCCAAACUGUUCCCGAGUUGGAACAGGGUCAUGCGGGACGUCGAGGAAGUAUGGACUGCAAAGGAUGAAGAGGAACGCAUGAAGGGCCAGGCUGGCGCGGAGAAGGUUGACUGUAUACAGGUCAUCCUGAGAAGGAAGGGAAGAGAGGUAGACUUCUCGUAGCGGAGUGCUGGCUGAUCCAUUGAAGAAGAUUGUUUGGGCUUGUACGUCUGUGGCAGUAUCUCGCGUUCUAUCUCAGGAGGAUUGAUAAUUGACGGAGUUGGCAUCGUGGUGUUGUGAUUUUUAUCUCAAUUUGAUCGAUGGACUUAAGUAUGCAAUACACUGUCUUGCUUCACGG